AUGAGUAAAAUCUCUGCCCCACCGCCUGGACCUCCUGGUCCUGGACCAGUAGGACCUCCUGGGGCUGUUGGUGGUCCUGGAGGUAUGGUCAUGACUUCAACGGGGGGAUCACUGCUCCCCUCUUCUCCUCCAGAAUUGCCAAUGUUUUGCUGUCCGAGGAGACCAAGUUUAGGUAGAGAAGGUAGACCGAUAGCACUUCGCGCAAAUCAUUUUCAGAUCUCAAUGCCCCGUGGGUACGUUCAUCAUUACGACAUUAACAUUCAACCAGAUAAAUGUCCGAGAAAAGUAAAUAGAGAAAUUAUUGAAACCAUGGUACAUGCUUAUUCGAAAAUUUUUGGUUCUUUAAAACCGGUUUUCGAUGGAAGGCAAAAUUUAUACACAAGGGAUCCUCUCCCGAUUGGAAAUGAUAGGGUCGAAUUAGAAGUAACACUUCCGGGUGAAGGAAAAGAUAGAGUUUUUCGGGUAACAAUUAAAUGGGUGGCACAAGUUUCAUUAUUCGCACUGGAAGAGGCACUGGAAGGUCGUACGAGGCAAAUACCCUUUGAUACGAUUUUGGCCUUAGAUGUUGUUAUGCGUCAUUUACCGAGUAUGACAUACACUCCUGUAGGUCGUAGUUUUUUCUCUAGUCCCGAUGGAUAUUAUCAUCCUUUGGGAGGUGGAAGAGAAGUGUGGUUUGGUUUUCAUCAAAGCGUACGGCCCUCGCAGUGGAAAAUGAUGUUGAACAUUGAUGUUUCGGCCACUGCGUUUUACAAGGCUCAACCGGUGAUUGACUUUAUGUGUGAAGUUUUGGAUAUACGAGAGAUUAACGAACAACGAAAAACUCUCACGGAUUCGCAAAGAGUUAAAUUUACGAAAGAAAUAAAAGGACUUAAAAUAGAAAUAACGCAUUGCGGUACAAUGAGGAGGAAAUACAGAGUGUGUAAUGUAACUAGGAGGCCAGCUCACAUGCAAAGUUUUCCAUUGCAAUUGGAAAAUGGUCAAACGGUAGAGUGUACUGUUGCAAAAUACUUUUUAGACAAAUACAAAAUGAAAUUAAAGUAUGCCCACUUACCUUGUCUUCAAGUUGGUCAAGAGCAUAAGCAUACAUAUCUUCCUUUAGAAGUUUGCAAUAUUGUAGCUGGACAAAGGUGUAUAAAAAAAUUGACUGACAUGCAAACAAGCACGAUGAUAAAAGCGACAGCGAGAUCUGCUCCCGAUCGAGAAAAAGAAAUCAAUAGUUUAGUUAGACGAGCUGAUUUUAAUAACGACGCAUACGUUCAGGAAUUUGGCCUAACGAUAUCAAACAACAUGAUGGAAGUUAGAGGGAGAGUUUUACCACCUCCGAAAUUGCAAUACGGUGGAAGAUCGUCUCUUUUAAGCAGCGACGAAUUUGCUAUUAGAAAUUCUUUUCAUGCCAAACAACAAGCAAUGCCGAUCGGCGGCGUUUGGGACAUGAGAGGGAAACAAUUUUUCUCAGGGAUAGAAAUCCGCGUUUGGGCCAUUGCUUGUUUCGCACCGCAAAGAACUGUUAAAGACGAUGCAGUAAGGGCUUUUAUUCAACAACUUCAAAGAAUUUCAAACGACGCUGGAAUGCCGAUUGUUGGACAACCAUGCUUUUGUAAAUAUGCCACGGGCCCCGAUCAAGUCGAACCCAUGUUCCGGUACCUGAAAUCUAGUUUUCACGCUUUACAAUUAGUUGUUGUCGUAUUGCCGGGAAAAACUCCCGUGUAUGCUGAAGUCAAACGCGUCGGCGAUACAUUACUAGGAAUGGCAACUCAAUGUGUUCAAGCGAAAAAUGUUAUAAAAACCUCUCCGCAAACUCUGUCGAAUUUAUGUUUAAAAAUAAACGUUAAAUUGGGCGGUAUUAAUUCGAUACUUGUACCUAGCAUUAGACCAAAGGUGUUCAACGAACCGGUAAUAUUUUUAGGAGCAGACGUAACUCAUCCACCUGCUGGUGAUAAUAAAAAACCUUCCAUUGCUGCCGUCGUGGGAUCGAUGGAUGGUCAUCCCAGUCGUUAUGCAGCUACCGUGAGAGUUCAACAGCACAGGCAAGAAAUAAUACAGGAACUCAGUUCGAUGGUGAGAGAGCUUUUGUUAAUGUUUUACAAAUCUACGGGAGGUUAUAAACCUCAUAGGAUCAUCAUGUAUCGUGACGGUGUGUCGGAAGGACAAUUUUUACACGUGGUUCUUCAACACGAAUUGACGGCCGUUAGAGAAGCUUGCAUUCAAUUGGAAGGAGAUUACAAACCCGGUAUAACUUUUAUCGUUGUGCAAAAAAGACAUCACACGAGAUUGUUUUGCGCCGACAAGAAGGAACAAUCGGGUAAAAGUGGAAAUAUACCGGCUGGAACGACGGUUGACGUCGGAAUCACGCAUCCGACGGAAUUUGAUUUUUAUUUAUGCAGUCACCAAGGAAUUCAGGGAACAUCCAGACCGAGUCACUAUCACGUUUUGUGGGACGAUAAUCGUUUCGAUUCGGAUGAACUUCAAUGUUUGACUUAUCAAUUGUGUCAUACCUACGUGAGAUGCACGAGGUCCGUGUCCAUACCUGCUCCUGCCUAUUACGCUCAUCUUGUUGCAUUCCGUGCGAGGUAUCACCUGGUGGAAAAAGAACAUGACAGCGCCGAAGGUUCGCAUCAGAGUAGUUGUUCGGAAGACAGAACGCCGGGAGCCAUGGCCAGAGCAAUAACAGUUCAUCCGGAAACGAAGAAAGUCAUGUAUUUCGCAUAG